AUGAUUGAGUUUGAAAAUUGUUUGGAUCCAAUUUUCUUUACUUGACACUUUCUACACCGAAAAGCAAAAUGCGUUUGAACCAAAAAAAUUAAGGAAAAGAAAAAGGUGAUUAAGGGGCGUGCUUCUUCACUUUGCUUUUCUAAUUAAAGUAGCCUCCACUCUGUGGACGAAGCAACCAAUUCUGCCCUCACCGUCAACGAUUCUUCCUGGAAAGCACCAUCAUUUUCAUUUGUCACCAAACUUCCACCACUACACCUUUUCAUAGCUAUUAUGAUGGAGAUUCGUUUUGAAGAAAAAAAAAGACUUCCUCAUGUCCUCGUUACUGUCAACUUCCUCGUCUAUUCCUAGACAAAAAGAAUAUGACGUAUUCUUGAGUUUUAGAGGUGAAGAUACUCGUCAUAACUUCACAGACCAUCUCUAUGAUGCUUUGAGAAGGACCGGAAUCGUCACUUUCAGGGAUGAUCCAAAGCUGGAGGCCGGCGAAGAGAUCGCGCCUGAGCUCUUCAAAGCAAUUCAACAAUCAUGGUGCUCACUAAUCGUUUUCUCGGAAAACUAUGUCUUUUCAGGUUGGUGCUUGGAGGAACUUGCUGAGAUUGUUAAACAAAAAAAGGAGAAUGGACAUAAAGUAUUUCCAAUUUUCUAUGGUGUGGAUCCAUCUGAUUUAAGAAAACAAAAAGAGAAAGUUGAAGCAGCUUUUGCCAAACAUGAAGAAAGAUACAAGGAAGAUGAAGCAAAGAUCCAAAGGUGGAGAAGUGCUUUAACUGAAGUGGCUAAUAUCAAGGGAUGGCACUCAAAUAAUAGGCAUGAAUCAGAAUUUAUUGGAGACAUUGUUAAAAAAAUAUCAGCAAAGUUAUGUCAAACAUAUCCAGUUGUCCAUGAUGAUGAGUUAGUUGGAAUUAGUCCAAGCUUGGACAAUUUGCAUUCGGAAAUAGAAAUUGGGGAAGAUGAUAUCCGUAUCAUAGGAAUUUGUGGUAUGGGUGGCAUUGGCAAAACGACCCUCGCAAGAGUUGUUUAUAGUCAAAUGUCCCCUCAUUUUGAAGGUAAAAGCUUUCUUGCAAAUGUUCGAGAAGUUUCAGAGAAAUAUGGACUUGUUUCUUUACAAAAACAACUACUUUCUCAGAUCUUGCUUGAUAAAAGCUUCAAUUUUUUUAAUGCUCAUGAAGGGAAAGCCAUAAUUAACCACAGGUUGUCUCACAAAAAAGUUCUUGUUGUUCUUGAUGAUGUUGAUAACCUACAACACUUGAAAUGCUUGGUUGGAAGGCGUGAUUGGUUCGGUUUAGGGAGUAGAAUCAUUGUAACAACAAGAGAUGAGCAUUUGCUUCGAUCUUAUCGAGUUGAUGGUGUUUAUAAGCCUACAACAUUGAAAAGAAAUGAUGCACUUCAUCUUUUCAAUUUGAAAGCUUUCGGUUGUGAGAAAGUGCCAAAAGAGGAUUUCAUUGAGCUAGCUAAACAUGUCGUAGGUUAUGCUGGUGGACUCCCCUUAGCUCUUGAAGUUUUGGGUUCUUUUCUAUGUGAUAGAGAUGCAAGGCAAUGGAAAAGUGCAAUAGAAAGACUUGAAAGAGAUUCUAACAAAGAAAUUUUUGACAGACUUCAAAUAAGUUUUGAUGGACUGGAAGAAAGGGAGAAGAAUAUAUUUCUAGAUAUAGCAUGUUUCUUCAAUGGGGAGGAGAAAGAUUUUGUAAUGAAAGUAUUGGAUGGUUGUGAAUUUUUUCCGGAUAUUGGAAUUGAUGUUCUUAUUAAAAAAUCUCUACUAACUAUUAACAGACACAACCAGUUGUUGAUGCAUGACUUGCUACAAGAAAUGGGGAGAAAAAUUGUUAGGGAAAAAUCUAUUGAUGAACCUGGAAAACGUUGCAGAUUGUGGGAGGAAAGAGAUGUAUAUCAUGUGCUAACAAAAGCAACUGCUACAGAAAUGAUUGAAGGCUUAAUCAUCGACAAUAAAAGGGAAUUGGACAAGACUCUCACUUUGAAUGGGGAUACUUUCUUGAAGAUGAAAAGAUUAAGAUUGCUCAAAGUCCAUUGUCUUUCAAAUUGUUGUGAUCUCACCUACCUUUCUAAUGAGCUACGACUUUUAGAAUGGUCAGGAUGUUCUUUAAGAUUUCUGCCUUUAGGCUUCCAACCGGAAAAUCUUGUUGUACUUCUCUUGCCUUAUAGCAAUAUUGAACAAUUGUGGAAGGAAAAUACGGCCCUGUAUAAGUUGAAAGUGCUCAACCUCAAAGGGUCGGAAAACCUGAUCAAGGCACCAGACGUCACAACUGCCCCAAAUCUUGAAAUUUUGGUUUUGGAAGGUUGUACUAGAUUAGUAUAUGUUCAUCCAUCUGUUGGAGUUCUUACGAGGCUUAAGCUUUUGAAUUUAAGAGGCUGCAAAAGUCUGAGGAGUUUUCCAACCAAAAUUGGAAUGGAAUCUCUUGAAAUGUUAAUUCUUUCAGGUUGCUCAAAAUUUCAAAGCUUUCCAGAGAUUGAUGGGAAAAUGGAAUGUUUGCUGGAGCUUUGUUUUGAUGGGACAAAAAUUAAAGAGCUACCUUCUUCAAUCGGAAAUCUCAGAAGGCUUGAAGUUUUGAAUUUAAAAGACUGUAAAAGUUUUAAGAGUCUUCCAACCAAAAUUGGAAUGGAAUCUCUUGAAAAGUUAAUUCUUUCAGGUUGCUCAAAUCUUCAAAGCCUGCCAGAGAUUGAUGGGAAAAUGGAAUGUUUAUUGGAGCUUUAUUUAGAUGGGACAAACAUUAAAGAUCUACCUUCUUCAAUCGAAAAUCUCAGAAGACUUAAAGUUUUGAAUCUAAAAGACUGCAAAAGUCUUAGGAGUCUUCCAAUCAAAAUUGGAAUGGAAUCUCUUAAAAAGUUAAUUCUUUCAGGUUGCUCCAAUCUUAAAAGGUUUCCAGAGAUUGAUGGCAAAAUGGAAUGCCUGCUAGAGCUUUAUUUAGAUGGGACGGGCAUUAAAGAGCUACCUAUUUCAAUUGGAAACCUGAGCAGUCUUGUUUUGUUAAAUUUGAAAGAUUGCAGGAACCUUGUGGAUCUCCCAGAGAGCAUAGGUGGGUGUAAAAGUUUAAAAUCUCUUAAUCUUUCUGGUUGUCAUAAAGUUGAAUAUUUGCCAGAGAAUUUGCAGCAAAUAGAAUUCUUGGAGGAGCUUGACUUAAGUGAAACAUCCAUGACAAAACCACCACCCUUCAUUUUUCAAUUUAAAAAUCUUAAAGUUCUGUCUUUUAAUGGGAGCAAGGGAUCUUCUUCCAAGUUACAAAAAAAACUUCCUUCUCUGUUAAAGGUAAUCCAAAGAGGAAGGACAAAUUCUAUGGCUCUGAUGUUGCCUUCGUUGUCAGGUUUGAGUUCAUUAAAAGAGCUGAAUCUAAGGGACCGCAAUCUUUGUGAAGGAGAUAUUCCUAGUGAUAUUUCUCGCCUAUCCUGUUUGGAAGUACUUGAUCUUGGUGGUAACAACUUCAUCAGCAUACCUUCAUGUGUAACUCGAAUUUCCAAGCUUGGAUUUCUUGUAUUGUCAGAUUGCAGAGCGCUUAAAUUGUUGCCUGAGCUUCCAACAAGUAUUCUUGGUGUAAUAAUAAAUGGUUGUACUUCUCUCGAAAUAGUUGCAAAUCCAUCAAAAGUUUGCAAUUCAAGUUUUUGGUCGUAUAUGAUAGGUGUUAAUUGCUUCAGAUUGGCUGAGAACAUCGAUGCCUUAACAUUGCUGAAAAAACAUCUAAAGGUAUUUGGAAAUUCAAAAAAGAUUUUUACUAUUAUUAUACCUGAAAGUGAAAUGCCAGAAUGGUUUAGUCAACAAAGAGGUGAGUCUUCGAUUAAGAUAGAUUUGCCACUCGAAGUUCGGAAUGAUAGUCAAUGGAUGGGAGUUGCUUUGUGCUGCAUUUUUGUCAGUGAUGAUGCUUCAAGGGAUGAGAGACUCAUCUGUAGAGCUGUUAUCCACGGUAGAUAUUCUAGACAAGCCAAUUGCACUCAAUCUAAUUUCCAGGGUAGAGUUCCUCGACAAGUCGAUUGGAGUGGCUAUGCUGUAAAUGAUCAUUUUGAACAGCACGUAAUGAAGGACCACAUUUUAAUUCGUUAUUUCUCGCGUGACAAGUUGUAUCCAAUUUCCUUGGAAGACAAAUGUGGUGUACAUGAAACCAAUAAUUUAUGGACAACAGGUUGCUUAGAUCAGGAAUGCCAUCAACUUGAGUUGUCGUUCACAGAUUUCAUCUGUAACAGUGUUAAGGUGAAGAAGUGUGGUGUUAGAAUAGUGUAUGAGAGAGACUUGGAAGAAACACAAGUGCUGCAUAGUAGUCAGUGUUGUGCAAAAUUUGAAGAUAUCCAGCAACACUCUGCUGAUGAUGGAUCAAUAGGUAAGGGUUCCCUAAUAAAGCGAAAACGUAAUAUGUAUGAGGAGAUGGAUGAAGGGCCGCAACCAAAACGAAUGCAAAAAAUUUUCAGUUCUAUAAUGGGCAGACUUGGGAAGAAGCACAAAUUGUGGUGGAGAUAAAAUGUGGAGGAAGUUUUGAUUGCUCCAUGAAGAAGCAACUAAUACGUAAUUGACAAUGUUUAGGUUAUAAUCAUCCUUUUAUUUUUGUUAUUAAACUAUUUUCGUAAAGUAAUAUUGUUGUUUUUUUUGUUCGAAAUUGUUAGGCACCAAGUUAUGUGUUAAAUAUCAUGUGUCUAAUUUAAUCUUUUAAAAUUGUUUUAUAUAUUUGAAAUAUUAAAUAAAAUGAUGUAGGUACAAUAUCAA